GACGUAGAGACACACCUUCACUCACGCGCUUGGCACUGGUUGCCAUGGAAGGUUAUCAAGUGCAAAACCGGCUGAGGCGACGACAUUCUGUGCAAAGACACUGAACCUGCCGGUCGGACCGGCGGACAGAGGAUAAAAUACGGACCCCUGAGGUUUAAGGGGUGACGAUUAGGAAGCAGUGCGCUGUGUUUUUAUAGCAGGAACAGUAAGCGAGUGAUUAAGUCUGUCAGAUUCAGUAUGUCUGCAUGGCUGCAGCAGGAGGCUGGUCCAACCAGUUCUGCUGAAGCAAAGAAAUCAGAGCCCAGAGGCCAAGAGAAGAAAUGCUCAUGGGCGUCUUACAUGACCAACUCCCCCACAUUAAUUGUCAUGAUCGGCCUCCCUGCCAGAGGCAAGACAUACAUGUCGAAGAAACUCACACGCUACCUCAACUGGAUAGGAGUUCCCACAAAGGUGUUUAACCUUGGUGUGUACCGGAGAGAAGCAGUUAAAGCAUACAAGUCAUAUGAUUUCUUCAGACAUGACAAUGAGGAAGCCAUGAAGAUACGGAAACAGUGUGCCUUGGUGGCCCUUCAAGAUGUCAAGACCUACUUUAAUGAGGAAGGUGGACAAAUAGCUGUAUUUGAUGCCACAAACACAACCCGGGAAAGGCGAGAUCUCAUAUUAAAUUUUGCACAGGAGAAUGCAUUCAAGGUGUUUUUUGUGGAGUCAGUAUGUGAUGAUCCAGAGGUUAUUGCUGCUAACAUCCUGGAAGUCAAGGUUUCAAGUCCAGAUUAUCCAGAAAGACAUAGAGAGAGAGUCAUGGAUGAUUUCCUUAAACGCAUUGAAUGUUAUAAAGUCACUUACCAACCACUAGAUCCUGAUGAAUAUGACAAAGACCUGUCCUUCAUCAAGGUGAUGAACGUGGGCCGUCGGUUCCUGGUAAACCGUGUUCAGGACUACAUCCAGAGCAAGAUUGUCUACUACCUCAUGAACAUCCACGUACACUCGCACUCCAUCUACCUCUGCAGGCACGGAGAAAGCGAGCACAACGUCCAGGGCCGCAUCGGAGGAGACGCUGAACUCUCCUCACGAGGGAGACAGUUUGCAAGUGCCCUGCGUGGGUUCAUUGAGGAGCAUAAGCUGUCCGACUUGAAGGUUUGGACCAGCCAGUUAAGGAGAACCAUCCAGACUGCUGAAGAGCUGGGAGUUCCCUAUGAACAGUGGAAAAUCCUCAACGAGAUUGAUGCCGGUGUAUGUGAGGAGAUGACCUACGAAAUGAUCCAAAACACAUUCCCAGAAGAGUUUGCUUUAAGGGAUCAGGACAAGUACCACUACAGAUAUCCAGGAGGAGAGUCGUAUAUGGACCUGGUUCAGCGACUGGAACCUGUGAUUAUGGAGCUUGAGAGACAAGGCAAUGUCCUAGUCGUCUGCCAUCAGGCAGUUAUGCGCUGCCUACUAGCUUAUUUCUUGGACAAGAGUGCAGAGGAUCUCCCCUAUUUGAAAUGUCCCCUUCACACUGUCAUGAAGCUGACUCCUGUUGCCUAUGGUUGCAAAGUGGAAAUGUUUUAUCUGAACGUGGAAGCAGUGAAUACACAUCGGGACCGACCGCUGGGGAAAGUCAGACGAGACUCUGCCCCUCUGCUGCUAAGGCGGAAUAGUUACACCCCACUUUCCAGUCACGACCAGGUUAAACGGCCCCGCCUCUACAGCGCUGGCAACCGGUCCUGGCUGUCCCUCACCCCCUCCCCCACCGCCCUGCACUUCCUGACACGCCAGGCGGGGCGCUGCUGCUUCAGCAAAGCCAAUCUCGUGUGGUUGGCAGUCAUCUGUGAGUACAUUUAAUCCCAUGAGUUUGAACGUUUUUGUUUACCCCGUAGCAUUUUUUAAAAAGUUGUUUUCGGUAUAUGUGUGAUGUCACAAACCUUGUGUUUUUUGGUUGUAUGUUGAUUCUCGGUUGUCUUUUCUGCCAGCUUUCUUAUAACCUGCAUUUAUGUUGGAAGAUUCAGUCACAAUCAUGUUUUUAUGUGUUUUGUAGUGGCUUAAUUGUGAAGAGUAACUGAAUUAUGCAAAUAUUCAGAAUGCAGCAGGUUUUCCAGUUGACCUGUAUUGUGACAUUAUAUCUUUGUAGAAAAUCCUGUUUACCUUGUCAAAUGCUUUGAUAAGUUAUUACAUGAAGGAAAAGUACCAUUAAUAUACUGAAAAAAAGUAGUUUAAAUCGAAAAUGUACAGGGGCCUAUAUACUUUCUGAAGGCAGUGGCAAUAUAUAUAUUAUAGAAUCUGAUACUUAACGAUAGUAAUUCUUCUUAUAUUGAAGUUUAACUUUAUCUCAAUCUUUUUUUUUUUUUUUUUUUUUUUGAGGACUCCUUAUGUGAAGGAAUCAACUUUGACUGCCCAGACGAAGUUAAUGACUGUUUCCGCUUCUGAGUGAGAUGGGAGAAUUUACAAAAUCUGCAUGACACUGAAACUCUGUUUUUAGAUUCUCCCACUCCCAACCUCCUGCUUGCUUUAUCAGUGUUGGAAUUACAUUUCCCAUCCACCCCCUGCAUGACAAAUCACCACUGCUAUGACUACAAUGAAUUCAUCAUCUAUCAUCACGUCUGUAAGUGUUUAUAUUAUAUAUAUAUAUGACCAUCCAAGAAUAUUUAUUUUAAGUGAUGAUGCCUUACUGAAGAAUGAACAAAGGAGCUGAAUGUUCUCUGAUAGAACUUGAACACAACGUGGGUUGUGCAAAUGAUUAUAACCUUUAUACAGUGUCUUUGUUGCAACACAAUGUUGUUUGCAAUGAAGCAUUUUCACAAUCAUAACCAUUACAACAUCUUCAUAUAUACCAUAGUCAGUCAUCAGACAGAAGAAAAGCCUUAUUCAGGGUGAUUAUGUCAACGCUGGUACCAUAUAUCAGGCCGCAAUGUUAUGGUAAAUUUCAUUACAGGGAAUUAAUGGAACAGAGAUUUGAUGCAGAUAGAGGAAAGAUUUGCGUAUUAUAACAGAUUGUCGCUUCAAGGAAAGGCAAUGAAAGUACUUUUGUCUUGCACAUUUUCUUAAUAAGAAUGAUAUUUAUGGGGAAAUUGUACAAAGCUAGCUACUCGUGAUAUUUUUAUAGAAAUGUAUUUGUGUGUCGCAUUGUCAAAAUGACAAGGAUUUAUAGAAUGCAGUAUGUAAAUGAAGUAUACUUUAUAAGGUUGCUAGCAAAUGUUGUUUUUAUUAAGGUUUUGAAUGUAAUAAGCUAGGAAUGUUUUCUCUGGUUAUGUGUUUGUUAAAACUGGAAUUACUAGCUUAACAAGUCUGUUUAUAUUUCCGUGUGAGGAGCUGCUCAUUUUCUAUUCUACUAUUCUCAUCAGCAUGUUAUCAACCAGUGAUGCUGGAUAAAAUAGUUAAUGCAUAACAUGCCCACAGACUUUUCAUGCUGUAAUGUUCACUACUACUUUGCAUUUUUAUUUUACGUGUUUAAUCACAUUUUUGCCUCACUACAUCAUUUGAAAUGAAGGUUCAUUUUUAAAAGUAAUUCCAUGUAGUCUGAAAUAAGGUUAUAAAUGCUGCAUGCAUAAUAAUUACAAAUAAAUUAGCAAAAUGCUGGAGAAUUGUAUUGUUCAGAAUGGAGUAUAGCAUGUCACAACUUCACAUCAACUUUUCAAUUUCAUGUCAACAUGAUCUGUGUCCAGGACAGCAACACCAUCAGUACUUGUUUAUGUCUGUUCAACCCUGCUGCAUAAAACUAACACUACAAUCAAGUGCUGUUAAUGUAUCCAAGCAUGCAUUGCCCUUGAGUAGUGACUGCUUUGAUGGCACAUUACAUACUGCACACAAUGUGACUUUCAACUGUUAUAAAUUAUACAUGCUGUUAAUAUACAUACUGUCAAUAUACAUACUGUCAAAUACAUACAAUUAAACAUCUCCUGUUGAUGA